AUGGUAGCCGGUCACACAAAGUUUACUUCUGAUAGUUUUUUUGGACUUUUCAAAUUGAAAUUAAGAGACUCUGAAGUUGACAAUUUGAAAGAUUUAUUAAAAAUUGUUGAGGAGUCUAUUGUUGGAGGUUACAACAAAGCUGAAACAAUUUAUAAUACUAAUGGUUCAAGAAAAAUUACAUUCUAUAACUGGAUUGAGUUUUUGGAUACUUUUUUUACUGGAAUUCCAUCACUUUUAAAACAAUAUUAUUUCAUUAUGACUUACAAUCAAAAAGAAAUCAUAAAAAUUCAAAUAACGAUUAAUAGUGCAUUAACUAAAGUAAAUAUUGCAUAUGCUAAUGUAAUUACAUCUACCUCAGAAAACAAUUACAAAUGCCUGAAGUGA